UUAAAAUCUCCCUUCAGAAACCAGCAGAAGGAAAGAAAGAACAAGAAAAACCAUCAGCCAUGAGCAAUCUCAAGCUAGGAGUAGAGGUGGUUAGUGCUCACAAUGUCAUGCCGAAGGACGGCCAAGGCUCGUCCAACUCCUUUGUUGAGCUCCAUUUCGACCACCAGCGGUUCCGCACGACCGUCAAGGAGAAAGACCUCAACCCUGUCUGGAACGAGCACUUCUACUUCAACAUCUCUGAUCCACAGUCCCUCCCAAAUCUCACCCUCGAGGCCUAUGUCUACUGCGAUAACAAGGCCACCAAUACGAAAUCCUUCCUUGGGAGGGUCUGCCUCACCGGCACUUCGUUCGUGCCGUAUGCUGACGCUGUCAUCCUGCACUACCCUUUGGAGAAACGGAGCAUCUUCUCACGUGUGAAAGGAGAGCUUGGCCUCAAAGUCUAUCUCACCGACGACCCCAUGUUGAGAUCAUCCAACAAUCCGUUUCCGGCUGUUGAUUCCUUCCCGGGGUCUGACCGGCUCCCAAACCAAACUGAAUCACAGGCCCAUGUUGGGAAUCCGACUACGACCUCACAUUUGAAUGACAAAGCAGAGUCGAGGCACACCUUCUACCACCUCCCCAACCAGCAGCACCAGCAACCGCAACAGCAACAGCAACAGCACCACCCUUCACACCAUUCUUCGAUGGGGAUGUCUCAUGAACAAGUUCAGCAUUUGGCCAGUGAGAUGAAAUCUGAGCAGCCGAAGAUCGUCCGCAUGUACUCAGCCUCGUCCCAGCAGCCUGCUGACUACACAAUUAAAGAGACAAGCCCAUUCCUUGGUGGGGGCCAGAUUGUGGGGGGCCGGGUGAUGCGCUCUGAUAAGCCCUCCAGCACUUACGAUCUUGUCGAGCAGAUGCAAUACCUUUUCGUUCGGGUUGUCAAGGCACGUGAUCUCCCUACGAUGGAUCUUUCGGGGAGCCUGGAUCCAUACGUUGAGGUGAGGGUUGGGAACUACAAAGGGAUCACAAGGCACUUUGAGAAGAAUCAGAAUCCUGUCUGGAAUGAGGUUUAUGCCUUCUCGCGGGACCGUAUGCAGGCUUCCAUCCUCGAAGUCGUGGUGAAGGAUAAGGACCUCAUCAAAGAUGACUUUGUCGGCAUUGUCAGGUUCGACCUCAAUGAGAUCCCAAUGCGGGUCCCACCGGAUAGCCCGCUGGCACCACAAUGGUAUCGGCUUGAAGAUAAGAAGGGAGACAAGAAUAAUGGUGAACUGAUGCUUGCCGUUUGGAUUGGGACGCAAGCCGAUGAGGCGUUCCCAGAUGCAUGGCAUUCCGAUGCUGCAGCUACUGCUGAUGGGUCCACCAACCUCGGGGCUCACAUACGAUCAAAGGUCUACCAUGCACCACGGCUGUGGUAUGUACGCGUCAAUGUCAUAGAGGCACAGGACCUGAUUGUAGGCGAAAAGAACCGUUUCCCGAACGUAUAUGUGAAGGCACAAAUCGGCAACCAGGUGCUGAAAACAAAGACCAUUCAGCCCCAGAACUUUAACCCUUUGUGGAACGAAGAUUUGUUGUUUGUCGCUGCAGAGCCCUUUGAUGAUCAUCUGAUUCUAUCGGUGGAAGACCGUCUGGGGACCAAGGAUGAGGUGAUUGGACGGGUCGCGAUACCGUUAAGCUCCAUUGACAAACGUGCUGAUGACCGGUUGAUUCCCACCCGCUGGUUCAACCUGGAGAAGCUGGUGCUCAUUGACGUCGACCAGCUAAAGAAAGACAAGUUCUCUAGCAGGCUGCAUCUCCGCCUCUGCCUCGACGGUGGCUACCAUGUGCUCGACGAGUCCACUCACUACAGCAGCGACCUCCGGCCCACUGCAAAGCAGCUGUGGAAACCGUCGAUUGGCAUCUUGGAACUCGGCAUCCUGAGCGCCGAGGGCCUCCACCCAAUGAAAACAAGAGAUGAGAAGGGUACAUCCGACACCUACUGUGUAGCAAAAUACGGGCACAAAUGGGUACGUACACGUACGAUUGUAAAUAGCAUGACCCCAAAAUUCAAUGAGCAGUAUACAUGGGAAGUCUUUGAUCCAGCUACAGUCCUCACAGUUGGAGUAUUCGACAACUGCCAGAUCGGCGAAAAGGGUCAGAACGGUAGUCACAAGGACCUGAAGAUUGGGAAAGUGAGGAUACGUUUAUCCACGCUCGAGACGGGUCGGGUGUACACCCAUUCGUAUCCAUUGCUAGUCCUGCACCCGUCGGGCGUCAAGAAGAUGGGAGAACUGCAUCUUGCUAUUCGGUUCUCCUGCACUUCGCUCAUGAACAUGAUGUAUAUCUACUCCCGGCCGCUUCUGCCGAAGAUGCACUACAUUCGUCCAUUGACGGUGGUCCAGCUUGACUCACUGCGGUACCAGGCUGUCAGCAUUGUGGCGGCCCGACUGAGCCGAUCAGAGCCACCAUUGCGGAGGGAGGUGGUCGAGUACAUGUCCGAUGUCGACUCACACCUGUGGAGCAUGCGCAGGAGCAAGGCGAACUUCUUCCGCCUGAUGUCAGUGUUCUCAGGUGUAUUCUCGGUCGGGAAGUGGUUUGGGGACGUGUGCGCGUGGAAGAACCCCGUCACGACCAUCCUCGUGCACGUGCUGUUUGUCAUGCUGGUGUGCUUCCCAGAGCUGAUACUCCCGACGGUGUUCCUCUACAUGUUCCUAAUAGGCAUAUGGAACUACCGGUACCGCCCGCGGUACCCGCCACACAUGAACACACGGAUCUCCCAUGCGGAGGCGGUCCACCCCGAUGAGCUAGACGAGGAGUUCGACACAUUCCCGACGAGCCGCAACCCGGAGCUUGUCCGCAUGAGGUAUGAUCGGCUGCGGAGUGUGGCGGGGAGGAUACAGACUGUGGUGGGCGAUGUGGCCUCGCAGGGUGAGCGGAUCCAGGCGCUGCUGAGCUGGAGGGAUCCGCGGGCCACGGCCAUCUUUGUGAUAUUCUGCCUGAUGUCGGCGCUGGUAUUGUAUGUGACGCCUUUCCAGGUGGUGGCAGUCAUUGCAGGGUUCUUCCUGAUGAGGCACCCAAGGUUCCGGCAUAGGCUUCCGUCAGUGCCAGUGAACUUCUUCCGCCGGCUGCCGGCGAGGACGGACAGCAUGCUGUAGAUAUGGUGUUUGUCAGAUUCCGUCGUGCUCCGCCUGGGGUGUCAGAUUUCAGGUUAGUGUGGGUAGACUGUAGAGUGCUUGCCUUUGUUUUAAAUCCUUUUGCUUCUAUUUAUGCUUAUGUGUCAAGGUAAUGAGACUGGAGAUAAAUGACAACCCAAGUGGAAAAUCUGAUUUCCAAGGUAAUAUGAUGUUUCUGUUUUUUGAUGAA